AUGCCCCUCUGGCUCAUCUACCACCCCACCAACACCUUCACCACGCCCACCGAGAAAUCCGCCCUCGCAACCUCCAUAACAACCGUCUACACAGCCGUCAACCUCCCCGCCUUCUACGUGAACGUGCUCUUCAUCCCGCUCUCCCCACACUCCAUCUACAUCGGCGGCACCCCACGUCCCUCCGCCCCCAGCACCACCAACUCCGAACCCGGCCCCGACAGCUCCAAGCCCUUCAUCCGCAUCACGGUGCAGAACAUCGCGCGCAAAAUCCCCAACGAUGCGAUCAGAGACCGGUUUCUGGGCAGCGUGGACGCGGCGCUGAAGCCGUUUAUCGAGGACAAGGGGUAUGACUGGGAGUACAGUCUUGAGGAGACGAAUCGCGAUUUGUGGAAGGUGCAGGGGCUUGUGCCGCCGAUGCCGGGGAGUGAGGCGGAGGGGGAGUGGGUGAGGGGGAAUCGGGCGGUGCCGUUUGAGCGAGAGAAGGGGGGUUUGCCGGCGGUGUUGUGA